ACGUCCAUGCACUCUUUCUCCCUGAUAUAAAUAUAUAUAUAUAUAUAUAAAGUGUACUAUAGUUCUGAUCAUCAAAUUUUCUUUUCUUCUUCUUACAACUUAAACUUCAGAAGACAAAGAUGUGUCUCGGUUCAUCAUCUGAGAAAUCUCCAUCUGCCACCUUUUACUAUCCUACAAGAUCAUCAAAGCGAUCAAAAGUUCAAGUCCACAGGCUUAACAGCAGGAGAAGAAUAACAUGUUGUGAGGAAGAGUUGGGAUCUGUGGAUAUGGAACUGAUGAAUUUGAAGCUGUAUUUGGAGAACCAAACCAUCAUUGAAGAGAACAAGAAGCUGAGAAAGACUGCCAGUCUUCUCCACAAAGAGAACCUGGCUUUGUUCUCUGAGUUGCAGAAGAAGUUUCCUAAUAAUAAUGAUUUAGAUCGCUAGUACUACUUGAUUCCACCAGUAUUUUCCCUUUUCUUUUUCUUCUUCGCGAUCAUUUAUCAAAUAUUUAUAUAGGAUUAAACCUUGAGAGAUAUGUUUUCCUU